AUGCUACCUUCUUUCAAGCCCACCCUCAGCUGGAUUAAAGGUGACAUGGCCAAAGACCACUCCAGGAACUCUAGCGGGAACCCACGGGCCGCUGUGGGACCGCAGGCUAACAAAGCUAAGCAGGGAAAGAGCGACCCGACGAAAUUGGACACGAAGGAGAGCUCGAUCCAGCAGACAUCCGCCCGGAUUCAAGUCACGCCGCCAUCCCCUCCACUCAGCCCUGAAGAGAAACGGGCCACGCUUCCCAAAACCCCGUGCGGCGAUGGCACGACAACAAACGGCCAGGCCGAGACGAACCAGGCCGAGCGCCAGUUACCCAGCGCGGACGCGGCGGCUGUAGCCGUGUCUGAACUUUUGGGAAAUAUGACGGGGACCUUGGACACGCUGAGGAAGACGUUCGAGGUCCUACAAAUACAGACAGAACGCGUGGCGGCACUGGGUCCGAUGGUCGGCGCGAUGAACGAUAUCCGCCUGGUGAAGUCAGACCUGACGCAGCAGCACAUCCACCAAGAUCACAGAAUGGAGCAGGUGCGCACAGAGGUUCAAGAAAAAGUCAAAGCGCAUGUGCGGGAGAGCUUGCGCCCGCGCGUCCCCGAACUCGUUGCAGAGAUCGUCAGGAGGGAGGUGGCAGAACGGGUGCGGCGCGAGUUGAAGGAGAAGAUACCUGAGCGCACGCGAGAGCAGCUACGAGCGUACAAGAUGCAGGUGUUGGAAGCCAAGAUGCGCCUUCACAAUUCAGAGGCACGGAGGGCCAACGCUCUCAUCCGCAGCUCCGCACUGCACGAACCCCUCAAGCCACUUCUCCGCCCGCUCGGAGUUCCCCAACCCCCGCUGUCGCCGACGGCGACGACAGCAUGUGGCUCCACACGCGCCACAGUUGGUGGCGUAGCCCCAACCCCUCCCGCGACCCUCAAGACUAAGGCCGGAAAGCAUCUCACAGUCGACACGGCCGCACAUGGCACCGGGGAAGACGAUGCGGAAAUGCCAUCGAGUUCACCUCUCUUCCCCCGUGACCUCGCCACGCUCGUCCAGCUCGGGGCGGACGAGGCACGUGCCCUAGUCAGGGAUUAUGGGCUCGUUGAGGAUGUGGACGAAGAAGAGGAGGCAAUGAAGGCCAGCGUCGGCAAGGGACUGCGGGGUGGUUCGGGAGCUGGGAAGAAGGGACGCCCCGUCAGCGGACUCACCGGCCUCAGCGAUGCAUCCGACUGGGCAGGGCGCGAAGGCUCGCGCGAGGACCACCUGAAUCGGUUCAUGAAGUAUAUCGGGGUCGGCUUCCAAGUCCUGCCAGCUGCCGGCCGAGUUGUUACGCUGGGCGGUGGCAGCGGGGCAGCGACGAUUGGGUCCCCGCUCAUCGAGCGGCCCGAAUGGGCAUUCGUACGGUGA